AUGAGCUCGAUCAAGAACCGACUGAGGUCGAGUAGCGAGUCUGCUUACGAAUACGACUCCAACUUUGGUGAUGACGAGACCCAGGUCAGUUUACACUUCAUCGUCGACGUCCUCAGUUGUGGGGCGGGCUGGCUGGCUGGCUGUUGCUGGCUGGCGCGCCGGUGUGUGGGGAGCGGUCGCUGCUGCCUCUGCCUGCACCGCGGGCUCGGGGAACUCGGCCUCUAUCGAGUCUGCCGCAGUGCGCUUGCGAGCGGCGCGCCCGGGUCCGACUGCCAACACCUUUCAUCAAGCAGCGGUGGUAGUGGUGGUGACACACCGCCAGGGGCCGUGGUGACUACAAUGCAUUGCUCGUGUACCUAGUGCCUAGUCUCAAUCGGUACUGCCUGCGGACCAGUCACUGACAUCCGCUUGACCUCCUCUCCAUGUCCCAUCCCUUCUCUCGCCUCCCACCUCCCACCUCCCACCUCCGUCAUCGCCGUUUCACUUCUCCCACGCCCCCUUAUGCCUCUGCUACAUCUUGACCGCCUCCUCUCGCUCCUCUCGCCCGUUCCUCUGCCCGUUACUCCUCCGUCUCGGUGCUGUCGUGCUCAUCGUCGCGAUCACGGUCACCGACGCCGCUGCAGUACGCUGCCUCGUCCGGUGAAGACUCCGACUACGAUGAAGGUGACAACGACCGCCUCUCGCGUCGCGCGUCGACCUACUCAACCUCGGACGACGCCGAUGCCCACCUCUCGCGCGUCGACGAAGCCAUGGACACUUUGAAUGACCUCCACUCGUCCUCGGACGGCAAGUGGAAGAAAGCGCUCAAGCACCGUUCGGGCACGAUCGUCUACGUGACGAAAGAAAAAUCGCCAGCGGGAAAGCAAAAGAACGGCAAGCCUUUCCUCGCGCCCGUCUUCAAGGGCGUGUUGGACAUCAACGGCUUCAACCCCUCCGAGGUCUUUGCCGUCGUCGGUUCGCGCAAGCUCUGGGACGAGUGGUACAAGGAGGUGAGUACCACGAUUCAUUACGAGAAGAGGUCGAAGGUCUAAUUUCGCUGCUCCGUUCCCUCACGUCAUCAGGGCAACCUCGUGGAAAACUUGUCCGACUCGUCGUCGUUGACCUACAUGUGAGCAUCGCUCGUCUCGUUCGGAGCUUACCCUAUCCGGACUAAUCUGGGUGCGUCAAACUCGUCCCAGGUGCAUGCAGGGUAUCGCCGGGUCAUCGUGAGUCGUACUCGCAACUCAGCGAUCUAUUUCGCCUGCACAGAUUCUAACCUCUCCCACUUCGUUUGUUCUCAGCACGCGUGAUCUUUGCCUCGUCGAAAAGGUCGCCGGGAGCCCCACGGGGACCAUCUCGUUCGUCUCGACUUCGGUCGUCACCCCCAAGGUCCCGCGUGUCUCGGGUCGAGUGCGCGCUUCGAUCGCCCUCAACGGUUGGGUUCUCGAGCCCAUCGACGGGGGAACGCGUCUCAAUUACUAGUGAGUACCCUGGCCUUGUCUAGAUGCAGUGCGUCCUCACUGACUUCCGGCACCCUCGACGUCUCACAGCCUGCACGUCAACGUCCGCACUUUUGUGCCCGCCUUUGCGGCUCGCAAAUACCUCGCCCGUCGCCCGACGUGCAUCGCCGCGAUCGCGGCCUAUCUCGAAAAGAAUGGCGCCCCCGCCAUGGUCGAAAGCGGGUCUGGUGGCGCCGUCGCGAGUGGGACCCCUCGUCGUCGUCGCGAUUCGACCGCGUCCAAGCGCUCGUCGCGUUCGACCCGCACGACGGGCUCCAACACCUUUGCCGGUCUGCCCGCGCACGUCGCGCUCGACACCGAGGCGGCAAAUCACGGCGACAUCCAAAAGGCGAUCAAGUUGGUCAAGUCCGUGGCCGGUUCGCGCGAUUUUUCGCAGGCCGUCGACGAGAAGGGGACCAAGAUCCUCAUGAAGAAGCGCGACGACGACGGGUUGCCGACCGUCAAGGGUGAAUGGAACGUCGAGGGCGUCACGACCGAGCAAGUCGCCGGGACGAUCCUGUCCGAGGCCGCUCGUCGGGAAUGGGACGUGCGCUUCAGCUCGUACACGCCCGUCGCCCAAAUCAACGGCUUUGACCAGAACGAGCUGCUGGAACUUCACAAGGGGAUCCACCCCGUCGUGCCGGCGCGCCACUACAACGUCAUCCGCGCCGUCGAGCGCGAGGACGUUUCAGGCGAGAACGGAGACAUCAUCGUUGUCUCGCGUUCGGUCAAGAGCCCCACCGAAGAGGUCAAGGGUCCCAAGGGGUCGAAAAAGUCGCAAAUGGACGUCAUCGGCUUCCAGCUCGAGUCCGCCGGCGACCGCGGCGUCAAGAUCACCUCGGUCGUCCAGCUCGAUUGGCAAGACGAGGCCGCCAAAGAGCUGACCCCGGCGUUGCGUCGCUUGCUCCUCGGUGAGAUGGCUCGCAUCCCCCGUGCGAUUACGACCUUCAUCGACGACUACGGUUAUGCGCCUUACUUUAUCCGCUGGGGCGAAGGACCCGCCGCGCUCGUCGCGGACGGCGAAGACGGGGCCGAUCUCAAGUCGGGCAAGACGAGCUUCCGCGUCUCGGGCGACGGCAAGGGCACGAUGAAGAAUGGCCAACAAAAAUGCUGGCUGCAGUGGAGCGACAAGAUGUACGAACGUGGGCUCGACCUUAAGCUUGAACCCGCGGGCGCGGCCGAGAUCGCCAAGGUCGAUGGCAUCGAUCGGACGCUCGAGUUCAUUUGGUCCGACAAGGUCAAGGACGGGGUCACGAUCAGUUUGACCCGCUCCAAGAAGGGCGAUGGUGCCGAUGACGUCUUUGUCGGUGGGAAGCGCCUCGACGCGACCGUGCAGAUGGAGAAGGGCAAGGCGAGCAAAAAGUCCGCGCCGGCUCCUGUCGCCGGGGCCGCGGGCGGCAAGUCGGGGGGUAAGUUGUCGCGCGAGGCCAGCAACGACGAUGACGAGGAAGAGGAGGACGAGAAGUCCUCGCGAAGUGGGAACGACAAGGUAAGUGAGGGGAGUACUCUGGCACAUUGUACGUAACGGCUGGUUGACCAAUUCCCUUUUAUCACUUGCUUUAUCAGGCCGCUGCGGCCGGAGUCGGAGGAGCUCUCGCCGGUGCCGGUGCCGCCGUCGCCGCCGUCGGUCGCAAGGCCGCCACCCCCAUCACCCCUGCCUCGCGCUCGGCGAACAACUACGGUCCCCAAGCCGGUGAUUCGAACGACCAAGCCGGUGGUGACACCCAAGUCAGGCAGCGCGGUGCCCUCCCGCCCGACGCGAUGAUCAUCCUCACCGAUGACCUCUACUUCACCAAGUCACAAGUCAUGUUCAUCGGCGGUGUCGGCUUGAUCGCUUUCCUCUGGGGCAAGUUCGCUUAA